GCUGACUUUUCCCCCACAAAUUAUGUUUAUCUACAUGUCUGACAAUUUUAUUCUUUACUAUAGUUUGCCCAGAAUUGACAUUAGACUUCCUGGUCUGUAAUUGCCAGGAUCACCUCUAGAGCUCUUUUUAAAUAUUGACAUCACAGUAGCUAUCUUCCAGUCAUUAGCUACAGAAGUGUUGUAAAACUGACGGUUUUCCCAGCAUGGUGGAGCCUAGAGCAUCUGUCUGCAGGGAGGGAGCCUGGGGGAAUUGAGCUGUGAAAUAGACCGAGCCCCCUUUGGAAACCUCCCCAGUUGUCCCUCUCACCCUGACGGGCUGAAGACUCACGUCCACACUUUGCUCCAGAUUGUCCCAUCCUACAGGAGACAGGGCAGGGAAAUGGCUGUGGUGGAGCUAGCUCAGAUGCGGGUGACCUUCGAGGAGGUGGCUGUGUAUUUCACCCAGGGGCAGGGGGCGCUGCUGGACCCCGCUCAGAGAGCCCUCUACAGGGACGUCAUGCAGGAGAACUACGAGACUGUGGCCUCGCUGGGAUUCUCCAUUCCCAAACCUAACCUGAUUGCCCAGCUGGAACAAGGGGAAGAGCCGUGGGUCCCAGAUCUCCAGCCCUCCAAAGAAACUGAGAUCUUGAGAGGCACCUGUACAUCAGGUGAUAAGAUAGUGAGGGAGAACAAUGAGGAGAAUCGACCACAGGAAGGUCCUGGAACUGUAGAACCACAGGGAACAUUUUUGGAAGGAGCCGAAGGGGAUUUUUCCCAGUGUGUAGAACAGGGGGAAACCUGGGGAAAUCGACACGGGGCAGAGAGGCAACUGGAGAACAAUCCAAGCAGGAAAGCAGAGGAAUCCAUUGAAUGUGGGGAACGAUCCAAGGAUCCUAAGGAAACUCCAGCCCAGCAGAUACAUUACAAUGGAAAGAAACCCUAUGAAUGCUCAGACUGUGGGAAAAGAUUCAGUGAGAAGUCAGGCCUUAUUCUGCCCCAGAGAGAUCACACGGGAGCGAGACUCUGCAAGUGUCUGGAGUGUGAAAAAAGUUUGAUUGAACUUUCAUCCUGUAUUGAACAUGAGAUUGUCCCCAUGGAAGAGAAAUCCCAUAAGUGCUUUGAGUGUGGGAAAAGCUUCACUUUGAGAUCGCACCUUAUUAUACAUGAGAGAACCCACUCUGGAGAAAGGCCAUAUAGAUGCUUGGAAUGUGAAAAGAGUUUCAGUCAGAGGUCACACCUUAUUAUACAUCAGAGAAUCCACUCAGGAGAAAAGCCGUAUAGAUGCUUGGAAUGUGGGAAACACUUCAGUCAGCGGUCACACCUUAUUGUACAUCAGAGAAUCCACACAGGAGAGCGGCCAUAUAAAUGCCAUGAGUGUGGGAAAGGUUUUAUUCAGCAGUCAGCCCUUAUUAGACAUGAGAGAACCCACACAGGAGAGAGGCCAUAUAAAUGCCACGAAUGUGGGAAAGGUUUCACUUGGCAAUCGGCCCUUACUGUCCAUGAGAGAACUCACACGGGAGAGAGACCAUAUAAAUGCCAUGAGUGUGGGAAAGGUUUCAUUACACAAUCAACCCUUACUCUCCAUGAGAGAACUCACACGGGAGAGAGACCGUAUAAAUGCCAUGAAUGUGGGAAAUGUUUCACUCAGCGAUCAGCCCUCAGUAUUCAUGAGAGAACCCACACGGGAGAGAAACCAUAUAAGUGCUUUGACUGUGGGGAAAGCUUCAUUGGGCGCUCACACCUUAUUAUUCAUCAAAGACUGCACACAGGAGAGAGACCAUAUAAAUGCCGUGAGUGUGGGAAAGAUUUCAUUAUACAAUCAGCCCUUACAGUCCAUGAGAGAACCCACACGGGAGAGAGACCAUAUAAAUGCCAUGAAUGUGGGAAAGGCUUUACUCAGCGAUCAGAGCUUACUCUCCAUGAGAGAACCCAUACAGGAGAGAAACCAUAUAAGUGCUUCGACUGUGGAAAAAGCUUCAGUCAAAGUUCGCAUCUUAUUAUCCAUCAGAGACUGCAUACAGGAGAGAGACCAUAUAAAUGCCUUGACUGUGGGAAAAGCUUCAGGCAAACCUCAAAUCUUAUUAGACAUCAGAGAGUGCAUGCAGGGGGAAGGGACCAUAUAAAUGCUGUGAGUGAGGGAAAGGUUUCACUGAGCAAUCAGCCCUUACUGUCCAUGAGAGAACCCAUACAGGAGAGAGACCAUACAGAUGCCUUGACUCUGGGAAAAGCUUUAGGUUCACCUCACAACUUGUUAGACAUCAGAGAAUCCAAACCCGUCCUGCACCAGCAAAUCCCUCAAGAAGAAACCUCUCAGAUUUCAUUAGUUAGUGCAGUGGUUCUUAAUCUGGGGGUAAUUACCCCUCAAGGGGUAAUUUGGCAUCUUUCAGAGGAUAAUAGUUUUAAAAUACAAUAGAUAUUCAGUUUAGUUCAACAUCAUGUAUAAAAUCACAAAAUACAAUAAAAAUGAUUAAGCUUAAUUUUCUUUUUGUUAAUUGCCAUUUUUAA